AUGUUUUGUGGGUGGGUGGGUUUUGGAUUGGGUGGGAUGUGGUUGGGGGUGGGGGAUGGGUGUUAUUGGGGGGGGGGGGGGGGGGGUUUUGUGGUGGGGGGUGGGGGGGGGUGUGGGUUGGGUGGGGGGGUGGGUGGUGGGGGGGGGGUGGUUUGUUGGGUGUUGGGGGGGGUGGUGUUGGUUGGGGUAAUGGUGGGGGGUUUGGGUGGGUGUUGGGGGGUUUUUUGGUUGGGGGUGUGUGGGGGUUGUGAGUGUUGGGUGGGGGGGGGUGGGUUGGGGGGGGGAGGGGUUUGGGUUGUGGUGUGUGUGGGGGUGGGGUGUGGGUUGGGGGGGGGUGGGUGGGGGGUGGGGUGGGGGGUUUGGUGGUGGUGGGUGGUGGUGGGGGUGGGGGUGGGUGUGGGGGGGUGGGUUGGUAGGGGGUGGGUUUUUGGGGUUGUGGGGGUUUGGUUGGUUGAAGGGGGGGGAUGGGGUGGUGGGUUGUUUUGGGUUGUUUUGGUGGGGGGGGGUGUGGUUGGUUUUGUGGGGUUUGGUGGGUGGGUGGGUAAGUGGGGGUUAGGGGGGUGGAUGUGGUUGUUGGUGGGUGGUGGUUGGGUGUUUGAUGUUGUGGGGGUGGGGGUUGGUGGGGGUGGUGGGGUGUGGUGGGGGGUUUGUGGGUGGUUUGGGUUUGGGUGGGGUGGGGGUGGUUGUUGGGGGGGGGGGGGGGGGGGUGGAUGGUGGUUGUUGGUUGUUUUGGUUGUUAGGGGUGGGGGGGGGGGGGGGGUGGAGGUUUGGGGGGGGGUGUGUAUGUGUGUUUGGUAUUAUGGGGUUUGUGGGGGGGGGUGGUAUGAGGGUUUGGGGGUGGUUGGUGUGGUGAGGGUGGUAUUGGGGGAGGGUGGGGGGGGGUUUGUGAGAAGAACGGGGUGGUGGGGUGGGGAGGGGUUGGGGGUGUGGGUGGGGGGGGGGUGGGGUUGGGGGGGGGGUUGGUGGUUGGUGGGGUGGGUGUGUAGUGGUGUGGGUAUGGUGUUGGUUGUGGAGGGUGGGGUGUGGGGGGGGGGGGUUGUGGGGGUUUGUGGGGGGGGGGGGGGGGGGGUGGGUGGGUGGUGUGGUAGGGGGGUGGGGGUUUUUGUGUGGGGGUUUUUGGGUGUAUGGGGGGGGUUGGGGUUUGGGGGGGGGGGGGGGUGGGGGUGGGGGUUGGGUGUGUGUGUGGGUUGGGGUGGGGGGUUUGGGGGUUUGGGGGGGGGGGGUGGUGGGGGGGGGGUGUGGGUGUGGGUGUUGGGGGGGUGGUGUGUGGGGGGGGGUGUAUGGGUGGGGGUUGGGGGGGGUGAGGUUGGGUGGUUGUUGGGGGUGUGGUGGGUUUGUGUGGUUUUUGUGUUUGGGGGGGUGGGGGGGUUGGGGGGGGUUGGUGUGGUGUGGUUGGGGUUGGGUUGGGGGUGGUGGGGGGGGGGUGUGGUUGGGGGUGGGUGUGGUUUGUGGGGGGGGUGUGGGGGGGUGUGGGGGUGGUGUGGGGUGUUUGGUUGGGGGGGGGGUUGGGGGGGGGGGGUGGGGGGUGGGGGGUUGUUGGGGGGGGGGGGGGUGGGGUUGUUUGGGGGGUGGUUUAGGGUUGGGGUGUGUUUUGGAUGGGGGGGGUGGUUGGGGGUGGGGGUGGGGGGUUUGUGUGGGUUGAGGUGUUGGUUUUGGGGUGGGUGGGUUGUUGGGUGGGGUUGGGGGGGGGGGGGGGGGAUUUGUUGGGGGGGGAGGGGUGGGGGGGGUGUGUGGGGGGUUGGUGGGGGGGGGUGGGGGGGGUGGGGGGGGGGGUGGGGGGGUGGUGGGGGGUUGGGGGGUUGGUAUGGUGGGGGGUUGUUGUGGUGGGUGUGGGGUGUGUGGGGGAGGGGGGUGGUGGGGGGGGGUUGGGGGGUGGGGUGGGGGGGGGGUGGGGUUUGGUGGGUUGUUGUUGGUGUGGGGUUUGUGGGUUUGGGGUGGGGUGGGGUUGGGGUGGGGGGGGGGGUGGGUGGGGGGGUGGGGUGGGGUGGGGGGGGUGUGGGCUUGUGUGGGGGGUGGGGGGGUGUGGGGGGUGGGGGGGGUGGGGGUUUGGGUUGGUUGGGGGGGGGGGGGGGGGGGGUUUGGGGGGGGUGUGGUGUUGGGGGGGGGUGUGUUGUGGGGGGGGGUUGGGGGGGGGUGUUUUGGGGGGGGUGGUGGGGGGUGGGUUGGGGGUGGUUGGGGGGGGGGGGGGGGGGUGGGGGGGGGUGUGGGGUUGUGGGUGGGGUGUGGGUGUGUUUGGGGGGGGGGGGGGGGGUGGUGGGUGGUUUUGUGGUGGUGGUGUGUUUGGGUGUGGGGGGGGGUGGGGGUUGGGUUGGUGGGGGGUGGUGGGGGUGGGGGGGGUGGGGGGGGGGGGGUGUUUGGGGGGUGGGGGGGGGAGUGGGGGUUGGGUUGGGGGGUGGGGUGGGGUGUGGGGGGGGGUUUGGGGGGGGGGUUGGGGGGUGUUGUGGGGGGGGUGGGUUGGGGGUGUUGGGUGGGUGGGGGGGGGGGGGGGAGGGGUGGGUGGGUGUGGUGUGGGUGGGUGGGGUGGUGUGUGGGGGGGGGGGUUUGGGUUGGUGGGUGGGGGGGGGGGGGGGGGGGGGGGGUGGGUUGUUGGUGGUGGGGGUGUGGGGUGGGGGGGGGGGGGUGGUGGGGAGUGGGGGGUUGUGGGGUGGGGGGGGUGGGUGGGGGGGGUGGGGUGUGGGGGGUGGUGGGGGUGGGGGUGGGGUGGUGGGGGGGGGUGGGGGAGGUGGGGGGGUGGGGUGGGGGUGGGGGUGUGUGUGGGUGUGGUUGUGGUGGUUUUGGGUGGGUGGGGGUGUGGGGGGGUUUUGUUGGGGGGGGUUGGGGUGGGUGGGGGGGGGUGGGGGGGGUUGUGGGGUGUGGGUGGGGUUUUGGUGGGUUUGGGGGGGGGGGGUGUGUUGGGGGGGGGGGGUGGGGGGGGGGGUGGGUGUGGGGUGUUGGGUUGGGGUGGUUUGUGGUUUUGGUGUGGGGUUGGGGUUGGUGGGGGGGGGUGGGGUGGUGUGUGUGGGUUUGGGGGGGUGGGGGGGGGUGGGUGGGUUGGGUGUGUGGGGGGUGGGGGGGUGGGGGGGGUGGGGGGGGUGGGGGGGGGGGGGGGUGUGGUGGGGGGGGGGUGGGGGGGGGGGGGUGGGGGGGGGGGGGGGGGGGGGUGGGGUGGGGGGGGGGGGGGGGUGUGGUGUUGGUGUGGGGCUGUGUGGGGGGUGGUGGGGGUUUGUGUGGGGUGGGGGGUGGGGGGUGGUUGGGGUGGUUGUGGGGGGUGUGGGGGGUGGGGGGGUGUGGUGUGGGGGGGUGGGUUUGGGGGGGGGGGGUUGGGUGGGUGGGGGGGGGGUUGGGGGGGGGGGGGGGGGUGGGUGGUGUGGGUGGGGGGGGGGGGGGGGGGUGGGGUGGGUGUGGGUGGGGGUGGGGGGGGGGGGGGGGGGGGGGGGGUGGGGGGGGGGGGGGGGGGUGGGGGUGGUGGGGGGUGGUGGUGGGGGGGGUGGUGGGGGGGGGGGGGGGGGGGUGGGUUUGGGUGGGGUGGGGGUGGGGGGGGGGGGGGUUUGGUGUGGGUGUGUGUUGGGGGUGGUGGGUGGGUGUGGGGGGGUGUGUGUGUGUGGUGGGGGGGUGGUGGGGGGGGGGGGGGGGUUGUGGGGGGGGGGGGGGGGGGGGAUGGGGGGGUGGUGGGGGGGGGGGGGUAGUGGGGGGGGGGGGGGUGUGGUGGGGGGGUUGGGGGGUUUGGGUGUGUGGUGUGGUGUGGUGGUGGGGGGGGGGGGGGGGUGGGGGGGUUUGGUUGAUGUGGGGGGGGGGGUUGGGUGGGGGGGGGGUGGGGGGGGGAUGGGUGGUUUAAGUUGUUGGGGGGUGUGGGGGGGGUGUUGUUGGGGUGGUUGGUUUGUUUUGUGUUGUGGUGUUUAUUGUUUGUGGGGGGAUGGGGGGGUUGGGGUGGGGGGGGGGGUUUGGUGGGGUGGGUGGUGUGUUGGUGGGUGUUUGGUGGGGUUUGGGUGGGGGGGUUUUGUUGUGGUUGGUUUUUGUGUUGGGGUGGGUUGGUGUGGGGGGUGGGGGGGGGUUGGGUGGUGGGUGGGGUUUGGGUGGUGUGUUGGUGGUUGUUGUAUGGGGGUGGGGUGUGUUGGUGAUGUUGGGUGUUAUGGGGGGGGGGGGGGUUUGGGGGUGUUUGGGGGAGUAGUUUUGUUUUGUUGGGUGUGGGGGGUUUGGGGGUGUGGGGGGGGGGGGGUGGGGUGGGGGUGUGGGGUGGGGUUGUGGGGUGUUGGGGGGGUGGGGUGGGGGGGGGGGGGGGGGGGGGUGGGGUGGGGGGGGUGGUGGGGGGGGGUUUGGUGGGGGGGGGUGUGGGGUUGUGAUAGGGUGGGUUUGGGGGGGGGUGGGUGUGUGGGGUUGGGGGUGGGUGUGGGGGGGGGGGGGGGGGGGGGGGUUGGUUGGUGGGGGGGGGGGGGGGGGGGGGGGGGGGGGGGGGGGGGGGGGGGGGGGGGGGGGGGGGGGGGGGGGGGGGGGGGGGGGGGGGGGGGGGGGGGGGGGGGGGGUUGGUGGGUUGGGUGGUGGUGGUUUUGGGGGUUGGUGGUUGGUUGUGGAGGGGUGGGGUGGGGGUUGGUGAUGUGUUUUAGGGUUUUAUUUAGGGUUGUAGUUAUUGGGAUGGUGGUUUAUGUUGGGGAGGCUGGGUGGUGGGUGGGUGUGGUUGGGGUUGGGGGUGUUGUGGUGGGGGGUUGGGGGGGGGGGUGGUGUGGGGGUUUGUGUUGGGGUAUUGUUGGGGGGGGGGGGGGGGGGUGGGUGGGGGGGGUGGGGUGGGUGGUGGUGGAGUGGGUGGAGUUGGGUUUGUUUGGGGGGGGGUUGGGUGGUUUUUGGGUGUGUGGGGGGGUGGUGGUGGGGGGGGGGUGGGGGUGGGGUGGGUUGGGUGUUGGGGUUGUGUUUUUUGGUGGUAGGGGGUUGGGGGUUUUGUGUGUGUUGGGGGGGGGGGGGGGGGGGGGGGGGGGUAGGGGGGGGGGUGGGGGUUUAGGUUUGGGGGUGGGGUGGGGGUGUGGGUUUGGGGGUGUGUGGGUGGGGGGGGGGGGGGGGGGGGGUGGGAGGGGGGGGUGGGGGUGGGGGGUUGGGGGGGUGGUUGGGGGUGGGGGUGGUUGGUGGGGGGGGGGUUGGUGGGGUGGGGGGUUUGGGGUGGUGUGGGGGGGUGUGGGGGGGGGGUGGGGGGUGGUUGUUGGGGUUGGGGUGUGGGUUGGUUUUGGAGGGGGGGGGGGUGGGUGGGGGUGGGGGUGGUGGGGGUCUGUAUUGUGGGUUGUGGUUGGGGGGUGGUGGGGGGGGGGGGGGGGGGUGGGGGGGGGUGAGUGGGGGGGGUUUUUGUGGUUGGGGGGGGGUGGGGGUUUGUGGGGGGGGUGUGGGUGGUGGGUUGGGGUUGGGGUGGGGUGGGGUUUGUGGGGGGUGGGGGGGGUGGGGGGGGGGUGGGGGGGGGGGGGGUGUGGGGGGUGGGUGGUGUGGGGUGUUGGGGGGGUUGGUUGGGGGGUUGGGGGGGUUGUGGGGGGAUGUGGGGGUGGGGUGUGGGGGGGGGUGGGGGGGUGGGGUUUUGUGGUGAGGGGUGGGGGGUUGGGGUGGUGUGUUGGGUGGGGGGGGUUGGUGUUGGGGGGUGUGGUGGGGUGUGGUGGGGAUGGGGGGGGGGGGGUUGUGGUGGUUGUGGGGGGGGGUUGGGUGGUUUUGGGUGGGGUGGGAGUUGUGGGUUGUGGGUGGGGGUUGUUUUGGGUUGGGGGGGGGGGGGGGUUUGGUUUGGGGGUUGGGUUGUGGGGGGGGGGGUGUUGGGGGGGGGGGGUGGUGGUGGUAGGAGGUGGGGGGGUGGGGGUGGGGGGAGGGGGAGGGGGGGGGUGUGGUGGUUUUUGGGGUGGGGGUUGUGUGGUUGGUUGGUGGGGGAUGGGGGGGAUUGGUGGUGGGGUUGGUUGGGGGGGGUUGGUUGGGUAUGGGGGUUGGGGGGUGUGGGUGUGGGGGGGAAUUUGGGGGGGGUGGUGUUGGGGGGGGGGGGGGGGGUGUGGGGGGAUUGUGGGGGGUUGGGGUUGGGUUUUUUGGUGGGGGUGGGUGGUGGGGGGGGGGGGGUGGGGGUAUUGGUGGUUGUGUGGAUGGGUGGGGGGUGGGUUUGUUUGGUUUGGGGGUGGGUGGGGGGGUGGGGUGAGGGGGUUUGGUGGGGUUGAGAGGUGGAUAUUUAGGAGGGGGGGGGUGGGGGUGGGUUAUGGUUUGGGGGUUAGGGGUUGGGGGUUGGGUUAUGUGUUGGAUAGUUAUGUGUGGUUUUAUUGGUGUGAUGGGGGGGGGUUGGGGGGUGUGGGGGGUGGGGGGUUUGGGGGGGUGGGGGGGGUGAUUUGGGUGGGGGGUGGAUGGGGGUUGGGGGGUGGUUUGUGGGGGGGGGUUUUUUGUGGGGUGUGGAGGUGGGUGUGGUGUGUGGGGGGGGUUGGGUUGGGGGGGGUGUUUUAUGUGUGGUGGGUGGGGGUUGGGUGGGGUGUGGGUGGGUUGAGGUGGGUUGUGGGGGGGGUGGUGGGGUAG